GCCCACGUUUCAGCACGGGUCAUAGUUUAUGGAGGUUAGCCAUUAGUCUGGGCCCUAAUAUCUGCUAGAUGUUGUAAAAAACCACCGUAAAAGGGAGCGCCAACGGCCAUGUCUUGGUUGGUUAAAAUUAAACUUGGGUCGGUUAGGCUCGGUUAGAGUCGGUUAGGCUCGGUCAGAUUCCAUCAGUGCGACUCGGACGUCAUCGAAGCACGCGGAACCCCGGAUUACUGCACGGCAAAUCGGCAAGAAACGUGCUCGGUUCCCUCAAGCACCGUGGUCCAGAGCAAGUUUGAACGCAGGCUAAAAUAAAAUGACCGACAAGAAAAAGAGUUUACUGCGGGAGGCGACUCACCAAAUCGUUGCUGGUGGAUCGGCAGGUCUGGUGGAGAUUUGCCUGAUGCACCCGCUGGAUGUAGUGAAGACCAGGUUCCAGAUUCAACGGGGAGCCAGUGACCCAAACAGCUAUAAAGGACUGGGAGACUGUUUCAGGACCAUAUUUCGCAAUGAGAGUGUGUUUGGGUUUUACAAGGGAAUCCUACCCCCUAUUCUAGCUGAGACACCAAAGAGAGCAGUUAAGUUUUUCACCUUCGAGCAAUACAAGAAGGUACUGAGUUUCACUGCCUUAUCUCCAGGCCUGGCUCUCUCCGUGGCCGGGCUGGGUUCAGGCUUAACCGAAGCACUGGUGGUUAACCCGUUUGAGGUGGUGAAAGUGAACCUGCAGGCUAACAGGGACUCCUUCAGGGUGCAGCCCUCCACGUUCGCUCAGGCCCGCGCGAUCGUCAACGCGGACGGCUUCGGCCUCCACGGACUAAACAAGGGUCUCACCUCCACCCUGGGACGCCACGGUGUCUUCAACAUGAUCUACUUCGGCUUCUACUUCAACGUCAAAGACGCCAUCCCAGCCAGCCAGGACCCUCGUCUGGAGUUCAUGAGGAAGUUUGCCAUAGGCCUGCUGUCGGGAACCAUCUCAUCCUGCGUGAACAUUCCCUUCGACGUGGCCAAGAGCCGCAUCCAGGGUCCCCAGCCUGUCGCAGGAGAGAUAAAGUACCGGAGCUGCUUCCAGACCAUGGCUCUGGUGUACCAUGAGGAGGGAUGUCUUGCAUUAUACAAAGGUCUGAUUCCCAAGAUCAUGAGACUUGGACCAGGGGGCGCGGUCAUGCUGCUAGUGUACGAGUACGUGUCCGGCUGGCUGCAGCAGAACUGGUGAUUGGCUUCAACACUUUGGGAAUGUACCCGAGCUCCCCUCUUUCAGACCUGACCCCAGCCCACUGACCCCAGCCCACUGACCCCAGCCCACUGAGCACAGUCCACAUGAAGUGCCACCCACGCCACCCUACACACUUCACACUCACGCCACCCUACACACUUCACACCCACGCCACCCUACACACUUCA